AUGUCGCUGCAUGCUUCGAAGGAUGCUUCCUGGAAUGAUCAAUUCAAGGACAUCAACCAGCGCAACAUCAAGGUUCAGAUUUUCAUCUCCGUUGGUCUGGGCUUGAGCGCAUUCCUUUCUUUCUGUGUCCUCCGGCCAAAAUGGACAAGUCUAUACCAUGCCCGCAAGAAGCAGUCGGACGCUGCCUCUCGACUACCCGAUCUGCCAAAAACAUUGUUCGGAUGGAUUCCUGUCCUAUACAAGAUCUCGCAAGAGGAGGUUCUCGCUUCAGCCGGCCUUGAUGCUUACGCCUUCCUGUCUUUCUUCCGCUAUGCUAUCAAAUACCUAUGUGUCACCCUAUUUUUCUCCCUCACCGUCAUCCUCCCUGUCAAUUAUAGAUUUACGGGCCAACCGCUCUUUCCGAACCCGAUCAACGGGACUGACCCAGACGCCGGAAGCGUGAUGAUGUUUCGAAUCGACCCUCAGAAGCCCAAAAAGGGAGUCAUUGAAAAGGAUAAUAGUUACCUCUGGAUGUAUACUGUAUUCGUCUACUUCUACAGCUUUGUCGCCAUAUACCUUCUGAUUCAAGAGACGAAGAAUAUCAUUCGCAUUCGGCAAGCAUACCUAGGUACCCAAGCUACGAUCACUGACAGAACACUCCGUUUGUCGGGUAUACCGUCGGAAAUGCGCUCAGAACAAGCGAUAAAAUAUUUCAUUGAGGAUUUAGGGAUUGGCAAAGUCGACAGUGUCAUGCUGUGUCGCAACUGGCAGACUUUGGAUAGCCUUAUGUUUCAGAGAAUGAAAUGCUUGCGUAAACUCGAAGAGGCGUGGACAGUAUACCUUGGACAUCACCACUCCUUGCGACAUUCGCGGGCCCGACAUCAACAACGUAUUCGUUUGGGAGAUGCCGAUGAGGAUGGCGCUCUCCUGUCUAGGUCUGAGAUGGAGCAAGCACAUGUGAUGCCAGCUGAUCGACCCCGGCCAACUGUUAGCCUCAGGUACGGGCCACUGAACAUUUACAGGAGGAAAAUUGAUGCAAUCGACUAUUAUGAGGAGAAACUGCGAAUGCUGGAUGAAAGGAUACAUACGUUGAGAACAGCAGAGUUCAAGCCAAUGCCGCUUGCUUUUGUCACUAUGGAAUCAACAGCUGCUUGCCAGAUGGCGAUUCAGGCAAUUUUGGAUCCAGAGCCUGGUCAGCUUCUUGCAAGCCUGGCACCACCCCCGGCAGACGUUGUCUGGAAGAACACGUAUCUCUCUCGCAACCACCGCAUGAUUCGGUCCUGGUCUAUCAUGAUCUUCAUUGGACUACUUACCAUUUUCUGGGCUGCUGCCGUCGCUCCGUUGGCAGGUCUGCUCAGUAUUGAGGUCAUUGACAAGGUACUUCCGGGGCUUGCAGCGGCGUUGGAAGAACAUGAAAUCAUACGGUCACUGGUCCAGACUGGUCUGCCGACGUUGCUUUUCUCUUUACUCGCCUUGGCAGUUCCGUAUUUGUACGACUGGCUGUCGAAUCAGCAGGGUAUGACCUCGCAAGGAGAUGUCGAGUUGUCCGUCAUUUCCAAGAACUUCUUCUUCACCUUUUUCAACUUGUUCAUCGUCUUCACAAUCUGGGGAUCGGCCACCAACUUUUACGAGUUUUGGCAAGAUCUGCAAGACAUUUUGCGCGACACAGCAGGAAUCGCGUACGCUGUUGCCAAAGCGCUUGAACAAUUGUCGCCAUUCUAUAUCAAUCUGAUUAUCCUCCAGGGCCUAGGAUUGUUCCCUUUCAGGCUGCUCGAAGUCGGCUCAGUGGCUUUGUAUCCAUUCUAUCUUAUCGGCGCAAAAACCCCUCGCGACUACGCCGAGCUAGCCCGACCACCUGUCUUCAGUUACGGGUUCUUCUUGCCGCAAACGAUGUUAAUCUUCAUCAUUUGCAUCGUCUAUAGUGUUUUACCUUCUUCGUGGUUGAUAACACUGUUCGGUUUGGUUUACUUCUGCAUCGGCGGCUUCAUUCACAAAUACCAGCUGCUUUACGCCAUGGAACACCGGCAACAUUCGACUGGUCAGGCAUGGCCAAUGAUAUGCAAUCGCAUCAUUACUGGUCUGGUCCUCUUUCAAGUUGCAAUGACCGCAACUUUGGCUCUCAGAGGCGCAUUGACUGCCUCCUUGGUUCUGGCACCUAUACUCGUCAUCACUAUCUGGUUUACAUUGUACUUCCAGCGGACCUAUGUCCCAUUGAUGAAAUUCAUUGCACUUCGAAGCAUCGACCGACAAAACUUACUUGACUUUCCCACUCCUUCAGAAACUCCGUGGGAUAGAGACACAGACUACGGUCGAACCGUCGACACAGAUCCUAAUACUGGCCUUCGCUAUAUCAAUCCGAACUUGGUGCAACCCCUGGAGACUUUAUGGAUUCGCAAGCCUGGGCAUGGCAUCCCUCAAUCGGAUCAGGUCUAA